AGCUUUGCGAAGGUAUUAAAACGAAGCGUUUGCCGAAUACUUCCAAGCUUGAAGGCAAUGGAGAAUCUGAGAGAGUGGUUCAACAGAGUUGACUCAGAGAAAACCGGAAGCAUCACUGCGACUCAGCUCAAGACAACUCUCGCCGUCGGGAACCUCGAAUUCCCUCUCUCUAUCGUUCAGCAAAUGAUCAGAAUGUAUGAUUUUGAUAAGAAUGGGACUAUGAACUUCCAAGAGUUUGUUGCGCUUAACAAGUUUCUUCUGAAGGUUCAACAAGCAUUUGCGGACCUAGAGAGGGGUCGUGGAUUCCUUGUUCCUGAUGAAGUUUAUGAGGGAUUGGUGAAAAUUGGAUUCUCCCUCGACUCUCCUGCUUUUUACACUGUCUGUGAGAGCUUUGAUCAAAAGAAGAAUGGAAGAUUCCGGUUGGAUGACUUCAUAUCUCUCUGUAUAUUUAUACAGUCUGCUCGGAAUCUGUUUAAUUCUUUUGAUACUGCUAAGCAAGGCAGGGUGACCCUGGAUCUCAACCAAUUUGUUUACUGCACUGCAAAUUGUAGAAUAUGAGAUCAACAGCAUUUGAAGCGGGCACGGCCCCCACUGGAUGCUACACAAUGUGUAUGUACAUUGAAUUCAUAAUCAUUUUAGUUAUGAUUUAUGAGAUUGAUUUACUUUGAGUAAUGUCAUACCUACUCCUUUUCUCAUAUUUGUGUAUAUAACCUUACAAAUCUGAACAGUGCGUGCAUUUCCAAAAAAUAGCUUGUUCAAUCUCUAGUUACCUUGAGCUAGUGAUUAUGGGGUCCAGGUGGAGGUUAAUUCUUUACGCUAUGCCUAUA